AUGAGACAAUUGACAGAUUCGUCGCCAAAAGCCGCUAGCACGAGCACUAUAACGCCAGGAACCAUAUUACUUACGGUACAUUCUUUCACAGCCCGAAGCCCAGAUGAGCUCAGUCUUGAGAAGGGCGAUAGAGUUGAGCUUGUCGAAAGGGAUGAUGACUUCGGCGACGGAUGGUUUCUUGGACGUCACAUGUCUACUGGCAACGCUGGACUGUUCCCAGAAGUCUACACAGUACCCGCGUCAGCACUGGCCCCAAAGGAACGCAAUUUUAUCAUGCGUAAACAAGGUGCAGAUACGAAACAAGCCGCACAUCCUUCGAUAGACCUUCUCGCCCAAGAACUGGAUGAGUUCCGCACGGCUUGGGAAGCAGAUAUGGAGCCGCCUGGUCUUCAGGUACAAAGUCCAACUUCAACGCUCCCUGAUGAUGGACCAGUGUCAGGUGAUUUUGGCGCGGAGUAUCGAGCUCUGGUCGAUAAUGCUUAUGAGGCUUCAAUAGAGAAUGAGGCCGACGUGAACGAUGAAGGUAGCUCUGAGCUCCAAGCAACUCAGAAGGAACCAGGCGAGAAAGGAUUGGACGGUACGACAGGUGCUCUGUCUCAAGUUGCUAGGAUGUCGGCAUUUGCCUGA